AUGGGCUGCCAUGAUGAUUGUGUGCUGCCAAGAGUGCUGGAACCCUGGAACAGUGUGACCGCAGUGUUUGGCAAAGACGUGGUCCUCCCCUGCGGCUACCAGGCCUCGGAGGGCGAGAAGGUGCUCCAGGUCACCUGGCUGAAGCGAGGGGACAGCGGGCAGGGCGUGGAGCUAGUGGUGCUGAAUUCAGAGCACGGGGUGCACGUCCAGGAUGCCUACGUGGGACGGGUUUUGCGGCAGUCGGAAGGAUCCCUGGUGAACGGCUCCAUCCUGUUGAAGAACGCGGUGCAGGCCGACGAGGGGACGUAUGAGUGCCACCUCAUCACAUUUCCCCUGGGCAACUUCGAGUCCCGCCUUGCCCUCAAGGUUCUAGUGCCCCCGUUGCCGACCCUGAACCUGGGCCCUCCGCUAGAGGAAGGACAGGGCCUCACGCUGGCGGCCUCGUGCACAGCAGAGGGGAACCCGAUCCCCACCGUGACCUGGGAGACAGAAGUGCGAGGCACGGCCAAGAGCCAGGAAUCCUCGCACCCCCGCUCAGCCUCAGUCACAAGCAAAUUCUACGUGGUCCCAGGGCGCAGCAUGCAUGGCAAGGCCUUGACCUGUGUGGUUUCACAUCCAGGACUGCAGCACCAGAAGAGGAUCACCCACACCCUCAGUGUGGCCUAUCUCUCUGACGCCUCCAUCCUGGGUCAUGAGGAAGAGCAAGUCUGGGCUGAAGGCAAGGAGGGGGCUUCUCUGAAGUGCCUUGGUGAUGGGAACCCACCACCCACCUACAACUGGACUCGGCUCAAUGAGCCUCUUCCCAGGGGCGUCAAAGUCAAAGGGGACACCUUGCUCUUUCAGAGACCCCUCAGCUCUGAAGAUGAUGGUGUCUACAUCUGCCAAGUGUCCAACAGCUUUGCAGUCAAGGAAGUGAGGGCUACUGUGAGCAUCACAGAGCACCCAGCUCAGCAGGUGGACGUGGUCUCCAUCUCCAUGAUCGGGGUGGGCAUCAUUUCUGUCAUCCUGCUCAGCUUAUUGGUCCUGGUGAUCAUCCUCAUGACUUGCUACCACAAGCGGAAAACCAAGCGCAUCACCGAGAAAUACGAGGAAGAACUGACGUUGACCCGAGAAAAUUCGAUCCGUCGCCUGCAUUCAAGCCACAGCACCGAGACCCGGAAUCAGACUGAAGAAAACUUUCCCCUGAGGUCAGAGAGCCGGCAAGGGAGUUUCCGCGGGGACAGCUUGUGCCGGGAAAGCCUGCGAGCCGACAGCUUGUGCCGGGACAGCAGGCAAGGCAGCUUCCGGACGGACAGCUUCCGGGAAACCAGCCUCUGCUCAGUGUUGGGAGAAGAAGGUGAGGGACGCAGCUACUCUACCUUGUCAACAGUCCGGGAAAUUGAGACCCAGACAGAGCUUCCCCCGCCACCCCCAACUCCGGUCCCAGAAGUGGAGAAGGAGGAGAAGGAGAAGGAGAAGGAAGAAGAGGAAGAGCGGAACGAUGAGAACAACAUCAAGCAAGCAAUGACUCACUUUGUCCAAGAGAAUGGCACUUUCCGGGCUAAGCCUACCUCCAAUGGCAUUUAUAUCAACGGCCGGGGGCACUUGGUGUGACGCUGGCCAAAUCCCCGGACCCAACCGAGCACUGAGCCCUUGUCCCACCCGCUUGCUGGUGCCUCCCUUUGAUGGGGGCCAAAAGAGCCCUUGAGACUGAGGUCACCUUCUUCUGAGCCGCCGGCCCACUUGGCUGCAGGGUG